AUGAAUAGCAGAUGCAUAUUAUGUGCUGCGAUACGUGAGGCGCGAUAUCUGAAAAGUGCGUUCGUAGUUCGUAGAGCGGGAAGCGUGAGGCGUCUCGCCGUAGUCCCACGCGGUGUCGGAGUGGGCAUCCUUCGCACUCCCGCCUCCGGGCACUCGUUGCGUCCCGCCGCACCUCCCGCCUACUACGAUCAUUCAAAUAGAUCACUUUAUUUACCCUUCUCAUCC